CCCGCCGUCGCCAUGGUUUUGGAGGACGAAAGCAGCGACGACCAUUCUAGCCCCCCGUACAUGCAUUCUUCCUCCACAGACGGUCUGAACGAGGUUCCUUUCACCAUUGAAGAUCCAGAUUACAAGGGGCUUGAGCUGGAUGUGAUGUGUCCAUGUGAGAAGCACGGCAUGGCAUCUGAGAGGCUUGUUGCCUUUGAAGGAACAGACACAGGCAGGAGGUUUUUAGCAUGUGCACAGUCGGAAGGUAGCAAUUGUGGCUUUGUUGAAUGGGUUGAUCACCAGUGGCCCCCAACAAUGCAGAAUGCAUUGUUGAAGCUAUGGGCAAUGGUUGAAGAUGCCAAAAGUGCUAGGGUGAAUGACAAUCUUGAGAAUUCUUUCACUAUCCACCAUCUGACAGAAGAGAAGAACAAGCUGGAGGCCAACUAUGACAAGCUAGUCCAAGAUGUGCAUGAGCUGAUGAACUUCCAGGAAGAUAAGGUGGUGGAUUUCAGGCAUCUGCAGUCUGCCAUUAUAUAUCAGCAGGAGGUAAGAAAAGAACUGACUGAUGAUAUGAAGGCAAAGAUGGCAAAGAAAGAUGCAGAGACCCAGCAACUUACUCAGAAGUAUGAGGUGCUGCUCAACCUGACAAGAGCUCAAGCAACAGUCAUUCAGAACUUGAAGUUGAACAAAAUGAAAGAGAAGCAAGUGCUUACUGAAGCUAGUAUGAAUUUGGAGCUGAAGAAUGCAGAGCUAACUAAGUGUCAGGAGAAGCUCACCCAAGAGAAGCUAGAGUUGGAGCUUCAGGUUGCUGAUCUGCUUAAGGGAAAUAAAAAGCAUAUUGAAGAGAAGUGGCAGUUAGAGUUUCAGAAUGAAAAGUUGAAGGAGAAGUUCAGGGGGAUUCAAGCCAUCUUGGAGAAGUGAAGAAGAUGAAAUGAGAUUAGUGGCAUUGCUGACCUUUUGGGAAUGAUGGUUGUGUAAUGACCUAGCAUCUAGGAACUAAUGUUGUGUACUGUAUGCUUGUACUAAUGGUGAACUAUGGCUGUGUAUGUAUGUAGUAGUUA